UAAGUCCUACGGGAAACACAAUUUUAUCCAUACAUAUCUCAGCACAUUAUCAGUUUACUGGCCAAAUUUAACCGCUCUUCUAUUUCACUAGCGGAUGCAAGAGGUGUGUGUGUGGGGGGGGGGGGGCAUUUCAUCAAAGUUGACUUAUUAUUUCAAUAUAGGAAAAGCAAUAAAUUACACUGAAAACGCACCAUUUCGGACAAGAAACUGCUAGAACUUUCUUACGGGCGCACGCACAACCCGCUGCCAACAUUUUAGACCAAAAUCAAUUUCGGUUCGGAGGAAUAAAAGCAGGUCAAUAGCAUACGGCCUAAAGUUACGCCCCAGUUAACGUCCAAUCCUAGAACCGUCCCUGCACACGGCCCCUUUUUUUACUCAAAACAUAACUGUUUUUUAACAAAGAUUGUCCACCGUGGUACAAAACAAUUUAUUUUGAUUUUUUAAAUUAAAGUAAAGAAAAAAACACACCACUCAUCAGCGAAGUACUUAAUAUUAAGCAUUUAUAGUAUAAAUAUACUCAAAUAGGUUGUCUCUCUUUGAUGGUUUUAUGUAUUAUAUUCAGAAGUUUACAAAGCGUAAACAGUUUGUACUAUUUAUGCUCGUUUCGUGUUCAUUCAUGAUUAACUUCCGUGUCAAAUUGUCUUCAAUAUGCUGAAAGUUGGAAGUGGAAGUUGAAGUGCCAAUAUGGAAAGUUCAAUCAAUAAAGGGUCGGACUGUGUCUUACAUUCGCAGCAGCACGAGGCAUCGGAUUGUGUUCAUGAUUAUCAAUGUUCCGUGUGCAAAGCAAAGGGAUUGAACGCGGAAGCGAGUUAUUGUUGCACUGAAUGUAGAAAACUGUACUGCAAUAACUGCAUAACAUUUCACACACAGAUUCUUAAAGAACACCAAGUUCUGACGACACAAGACAAGGCGAAGUGGGUCGAAUUUGAUGAUAUUUUCUGUUGCAAGAUACAUACAAAGCAGAGUCUUGCUUAUUUCUGUGAAGAGCAUGAUGUCGUUUGCUGUCAGAAGUGCGUUUCUAUUGAUCAUGGGUGUUGCAGGAAAAUCGUAAAUUUGUCAUCGUUAGCCAGCGGAAUCAGGACUAAAGAUGAAUUUACAGAUGGCAUUCUUGAAGUAAAUAGGACACAGUUAAAAUUGCGAAGUACUCAAGAAGAAAAGAAAACGACACAAAAAGCCCUACGCAAAACAUCGGACGAAUUUGUUGCAAAGAUCAGGACUUUGCGAAAGGAUAUUGACAAUGUCCUUGACAAAAUGGAAGCAGAUACACUUCAACAAGUAAGCACAGCUGAGAAACAUGUGUGUGAAUUACUUCGGUGUGACAUAGAGGAGUUGAAUGAUUACGAUGAGCGAUUAGAAAUUUUACUGAACAAAAUAUCAGAAAAGUAUGGCGACAGCGAUACUGCGACAUGUUUGGCAUUUCGACAGUGCAUUGAUGAAAUGAAACAAGCUCAGAUUAGUUUAGAAGAGGAUGCACUAACACCAUCAUAUUCAAUGGCACUGACACUGAACUCGGAUAUCCACACACGGCUCUCUGCGGAGAAAGCGUUUGCAGAUGUUAAAACCACUGCCACUAGAGUCAGGCAGAUACAUAUAAAAUGCCCCGAUGACAAGAACACAUGCAAUAUAACUGGUAUUUGUGAGCUUGAAACCGGAGGAAUUAUUAUUGCUGAUGGUGGAAACAGUUCUUUGAAGCUACUGAACACAUACAAAGAAAUAGUAUGCACCUACCGACUUCAACCAUAUUUAAAGGACAUUUGCAAAGUAGGACAAAGCGAAAUUGCUGUUGCACAAAACAACGAAAAUUUAUACAAAACACUUCAUGAGAUAUGCUUUUUUGAUUGUACGGACACAUCUAUUAUACCCACAAAGGCGUUCAAUGUAGACCACAGCUGUUCAUCAUUGCAUUAUGCCAGUGAACAACUGUAUAUGACAACAGGCAAUGCCCUUUAUGUCUACAAUCCGACUGGUAAAAUGCAGAAGAAACUAUUUGAAGAUGAAACAGGUCGGCACACCGUAGACAGACUAACUGUAACAGCGGAUGGCUGUAAAAUUUACGUCACAAACUACAAGCAAAACAAAGUUGUGUGUCUUGACAAAGACGGACGUAUACUUAAAACAAUAGAAGAGGAAUAUCUAAAAGGCCCAGAAGGAGUCUGUGUAGACAAGCAAGGUAGACUGUACAUCUGUGGACACGAUUCCAACAACGUCAUUAAACACGACCACAGAGAGGAAUUUGGAGUAGAAGUUUUAGGCGCCACUUUACUUCAACCAAGAACGGUUUGUGUGAGUGUAACUGAAAAACUAUAUGUUGGAUUAAGCAGGUGUGACAAUUUAUUGGUUAUUUUAUUUGAGUAGAUACUUUGAAGGUGGGGGGGGGGCGUUCAUGUAACUGAAACAGUUAGUCUUGGAAUAAACAUAUUGUGACAGAAUGUUGAUUGCUCAGUAAAAACUGAAGCUGGGGAAUGUUUAUUAUGCAUUUGAAAUAUUGUAUCUUGAGUAUAAUACAUAUGCGUUAGCUUGUGUAAUUUCAUAGACACAUCCAUGUUUAUGAGACUGAAACACCGUGGAACACUUUUGAUUAAGCAGAUGUGGUAAGAUAUUGGUUGUUUUAUUUCAGUAGUUUAGUUUUGCUAUGGAAUGGAUUGAUAUAUCAUGGUUGGGAAAAUGUGAUGUUAAGUUAUCAUAAUCCAUUUUCAACCCUAGUGAUCCUCCUGUUUCACUAAAUGUUUCAAGGUGGUCGCGAAUAUAUCCAGCAACAUUUAUCACUAAAAAGUUGGGCUUCUAAGCUUGUCCAUGUGGAGGGAUGAAUGCGAAAAGGUUCUAUGUGACAUAUUUUGUAUUGUACUCGUAACUGCACUGCAACGGAUUGAUGAAACUAUAUGUACAUAACCACUUAUAUAUAUAAAUCAAAUAUACAUUAAGUGCUUGUGUUGUGCAAAUAUGAUGAAUUAUUCAACAGUUUAGAGAAGAAAGUGUACUAAGUAUAUGCAUGUUUAAGUAAUAGUAUUGUUCAAAAUAACAGAUGAUUUUUUUGUUAUAAAACAUAGCCAAUGGAAUACCUGGGAAUAAAUAAUUGUAAAAUGUA